AUGAAUUUAAAAUCGCUAACAUUUGUUGCGAGUUGUGUUUGUUUUCAAAUUUGUACGGGAGCACAACACCAUGAGUUUCAAACGCAAAUGGGUCACUUAAGUGAAAUACCAAAACGAUUCGAAAUAAUGGGUGGAAAUGCCGAAGCUGAUUUCAAAAAAUACCUAAAUGACAUAAGCGACUUGGCGAAAAAGGCAAAUGUAACAGUAAAAUAUAAAGUAAAAGUUGAAGUUACGAAACCAGAAAAAAAGCGCUUUCUACGGAAAGGAUGGGCGAAUAAAGCGAAGUCCAAGAAAUAUAACGUUCCUUUGAAGAAGAAGAAUAUGAAACUAUCAGACAUUGAAAUUAUAUUAAGAAAACACUUGGACACGAUGGCAUCGAAAAUCCUAAAUGACGGACACCACGAUCAGGUUACAACGGAGAAACAUAACAAUAUACAACAUUUUACAACCAAACAGAUGUGGUUUGGAAAAUACAAGCCUAUAAUAAGCCAUGUCCGGACAAAUUAUACAAAAAUCAUCAAGCCUGUGCGAAAUAAAAUAAUCACAUUAACAGUUUAG